UCAAAACAAGGCACGGAUAAGAAAUGCGACAUUUGCGAUGCGACUUUCAGCAGGCAAGAACAUCUUGCACGGCAUACAAGGAGCCAUACUCGUGAGAGGCCCUUCAAGUGCCUCGUUUGUGGAAAAGGAUUUGCUCGCCAGGAUGUCUUGAAUCGCCACCGCACGUCUCAUGAACAGGACCGCGAAGAAGCAAAUACUAUUACACGUUCCAGGGCAUGCAGACAAUGUGCCACAAGCCGGGCUCGCUGCUCCCGCAGUGAUCCGUGUAGGCGAUGCCUUCAGCGCAGUUUGGCUUGCACCUUUCCUACAACACGGAAAUCCAAGGCUACAACAAUCAUCGACACAAGAGCGGAGAUUGAUAAUGAGCCACCAUAUUCGAGUCUGGACGCGGCUCACCAAACAGCCGAGGGACACACCGAGGAAGAGACCUCACUACUUGCGACUGGACCAGCGGUACCUGUAAACAUGAACGACUAUAAUCCAGAAGAGGCUAAUGGCAACAAUUUGUCAUCCAGAGCCAACGCUUGGAACCAACAGCCAGCCAUGUUUGAGCUUUCUCAGGCUGCUGAGCCUAUAGACCCCGGCGCCCAGCGAAUCUACGAGUUCAGUUCCAUCUCAGGCUUUAAUGAGCAGGCCCUGGACCUUCUUUCUAUGAACUGGAUGUCUCCAGAACAAUCUGGCUCGCUCGGAUGGGAUGGGCUUGUUGCUGUGCCUCCCUACACUGAGAAUGACAAGAAUGAUCUGUAUCUGCCUUUUUUCUUCUCAAACGUAGAAGCUUUGCCCGAUUCCAGCCGACAAUGCAUUCCGCGUACAAAUGCACAGACGCAUAGUAUUGAUCGACAUGAUACCAGUCUCAACGGUACUAGCCAUUCAACUUAUUCCAGCAAAUCGGGCUUGGAGGGAGUCAAAUCGACGGCUGGGAGUUACUAUGUAGACGGAGAUGGCUCCCGUGCGCCCUUUGGCGGUCAAGCUGCCCGAAAAUGGAGAGGAAGACGUAUGGCUGGUGCCAACAAUGCAUCAACGCCAGGGAGCAAUUCAACUAAUUACACAGAUGGUGAAGCAGAUGGUCUAUGGGAAGACGCCUCAGUGAGCGUGGAAAGCUAUGAGAGCAUGAUACGGCACCUACACCUCGAAUUAGGCAAACAAAAUGUGAUGAUGGAUGCCAGCACGCUCCCGUCUCUAGAAUGCAUUGCUCACUGCGUUCAAUCUUAUUUUGCGAAUUUCCAUCCUACAUUUCCUUUCAUUCGGAAAGCGGCGUUCUUGGAACACUCAAGCAACGACUGGAUACUUCUCCUUGCUGUUGCCGUCGUCGGGUCUAAAUACACUACCGAUGAUGAAGAAGAGCCACUACAUGCACUCAGCGAAGAGUUUAUAGCUGCUCUAGACAGCAUGGCCAUCAGCCGCUUGUGCUACGAUCGACUAACGGAAGCUACAGCAUCCUUUGGAGAGGCAGAAAAUGGCGUGUCAAGCCUUUCAGCCUUGCAAGCCGCUACUCUCUUCUUGAUCUGCUCGUUGCAUAAAGGAAUAGCGGAUAUGAUGAAGCGCACUCUAUUGGAACGGCACUAUCUCGUUGGAGCCUGCAAAGAAUUCAAGCUGUUAUCUGGAGACUCUGAGGAAAGGUACCGCCAUCAUGAUGGUGACAAUGUCGCUCGGAGCUGGUUAAUGAACCAGUCUCGUAUCAGGGUUGGCUUGGCGAUAUGGUUGCUCGACGCUGUGAUUUCCUACGAGUUCAAUACAGCUCCACUGAUGCAACUAGCAGAUGUAAAAGUGUCUCUGCCUUGCCAAGACCACAUCUGGGAAUCUCCAUCGAUGGACAAGGUUGCCGCAGAGCAGGAAUCAUCUGGUAUGUUUUUUACUUAUUUACACCUAACCCUGAUGGACGCGAUUGAGAUGUUGUACAUUGAGAAAAGGCUCCUAGAGAACCUGAGCGAAUUCAGCAACAUUUUAAUUAUCCAUGGAAUCUGGAGAAGGACAAAAGAGGUCAUCAUCCAGCACCAAACACGGCUGGCGAACUGGACUCCCAGUGCUGCAAGUCAAACUCGAGAAGCUCAGCAAAGCCCGUUGGUAGAAACUUGGCCACCGUCAAAUGCAACGCUGUCAAAGUGGCGCAAUAGCGCGUGUGACUGUCUCGAUAUAUUACACUGGCGAGCUAAUAGCAAAGCAGCCGCUGCCGGAGGAUUGGAACACCCUACCAUCAUGUACUUGCACCUGUCUCGGCUUAUUCUGCUUACGCCUGUAGCACAAAUCCAAACUCUGGCAACUAAUUCCAGCAACGAAAACGCUUCAAACGUCGCCCUCAAUCGGAGAUACACAGAUGCAAGCAACUGUGUGCUUAAAUGGGCCAUGAAUGACUCCUUCAAAGCCAGGCUAGCCAUUAUUCAUGCUGGUUCGUUAUUUUGGCAUAUACGGCGGUAUUCAAGGAGAAGCUUUCUAGAGCCCUUUGCAAUAUACACGGCCACGCUCGUCAUCUGGGCAUAUAGUAUCUCGGUGCAGUUUGCUAAACAGCAGGAAGAGCUUCAAGCUGGUCCCUUGUCCGAAAGCCAGCGGCCAACGACCUCAGUAGACGAGGAAUUAUAUUCGGAGCUUAACAUCAUAUAUAUAGACCGACCGUGUGACGAUGAGAUGGUGCAGCUGUAUCUUCGCCAUGGUGAUAAGAUGUCUGCGCAUAUGGCCAGAGUUGGUAUAAUUACAGAAGCCUCUGCCUCAAGCAGGAUUCUUCGAGAAGGCAUGCGGCUUCUUGA